AUGCCUUGCCAAGCCUGCUGGCCGACCAAACGAACACCGGGUCCAUCUGCGCCCGCCAAGAGCCUCUCGUACCUCCAAAACAUUUACCAAAAACCCGCUAACAACCCUUCAUUACUCUGUUUGCCCCCCUUUCCCCCGACUGGGCGAGAUUCAUACUUUAAUGCCAGCGACGACCGAAAUGAUUCCUCAUCUCUGCACCGCUGGUUGUCGCCACUUAUUUGUCCUCAAUCGUCUUACUUUGCAGCUUCAGCCACAGUCGAGGACUUCCAGAUCCGUCCCCACUGUCUGUUCGUCCACUCGUACCGAGCUCCGGCCUUCUGCGACCACUGCGGAGAGAUGCUGUGGGGACUCGUUCGUCAGGGACUCAAAUGUGAAGGCUGCGGUCUGAACUAUCACAAGCGCUGUGCCUUUAAGAUCCCCAACAACUGCAGCGGAGUGAGGCGCCGCCGCUCAUCCAACGUCUCCCUGACGGGGGGGCUGAUAAAUCUGGGUCGACCCCUCUCUGCCGAGCCCUCGCCCCCCCUCUACACCGAUGAGGCUUUACUGUCUCCAGUCAGUCCCAGCAUGGAGCAGAAGAACCAAUUAGAUUAUUUCCCCGGUCGAGAGCGGCGUUCCAGCUCCCAGUCGUAUAUCGGACGUCCCAUCGAACUCGACAAGAUCUUUUUGUCGAAGGUCAAAGUUCCUCACACCUUUCUGAUCCACUCGUACACCCGACCCACCGUGUGCCAACACUGCAAGAAGCUGCUGAAAGGCCUCUUCAGACAGGGCCUGCAGUGCAAAGAUUGUAAAUUUAACUGUCAUAAACGAUGUGCUCCUAAAGUACCAAACAACUGCCUGGGAGAAGUUUCCAAAAACGGAGAGCUCCUCAGCCCGGGGGCGGAGUCAGACGUCGUCCUGGUGGAGGGUUGCCUUGACGACCAUGAUGUCGACCGAGUUGGCGGUAUGUUGGACGAUAUGGAUGAAGCUAUGACAUUAGAGGGUGGCCUCUCGAGGGAGGCGGGGCCAGGCGACCUCUGCGACCCCGACCUGGACGAGUCCAACCGGGCCAUCAGCCCGUCCACCAGUAACAACAUCCCUCUCAUGCGAGUCGUUCAGUCCGUCAAAAACACAAAGAGGAAAACAAGCAACGUAAUGAAGGAGGGCUGGAUGGUCCACUACACCAGCAAGGACACCCUGAGAAAGAGACACUACUGGCGGCUGGACAGUAAAUGCAUCACGCUGUUUCAGAGUGACACAGGAAGUAAAUACUACAAGGAAAUCCCUCUGUCGGAGAUCUUGUGUCUGGAGCCGGCUCAGACCUUGUCUCUCCUCCCCGAUGGGGCCAAUCCUCACUGCUUUGAAAUCACCACGGCAACACUGGUUUACUACGUGGGAGAACACCUGCAGCGGGCCGAGACGUCCAAGAGCAGCAGCAGCAUUGUGAUCAGCGGCGUGGGACAGGAUGUGGCCCGCAUGUGGGAGAUGGCCAUCCAGCACGCCCUGAUGCCGGCCGUCUCCACAGGAGUGUCCCACAGCUCCCACCGCAGCGGACACAAGGAAAUCUCCGUCAGUAUUUCUGUCUCCAACUGCCAGAUCCAGGAGAACGUGGUGAGAAGACACACACACUAUCACACAAGCACACAUACACACACAGAUACACACACACACACUAUUCAAAUACAUACAAACUGUGAUCUGACCAGAGGACCGCACAAAGACACGCAAGGACACACAAAGAGACGCAAAGAUGUCACUCUGACUUUUAGUGAAGUUUAGAAUUUACGUCUACUUUGAGUAGACGAAGGUCUCAAACUCGCAGCUAUUGUUUACAUCUCCAUUCAUUUCAUUCAACCCCCCCAACCCCACAUCCUCAGCAUUAACACCAUGAAGAUCAUCCUUAAGAA